AUGGCGAGCCCGCACCGACGCUCGACGACUCGCGGGCCCGUCCUCAUCCCGGGUGCGGACUCGGGAAUCGCACGAGCAACGAGGCUCAGGAUGGGCAGGAGCGAAGUCGGGAUGAGCAGGAUCUGGGCGGUCCUUGCGGUGGUCGCGGUCGCAGCGCUCUUCAAAGUCCCGACACCAGCGCGUGCCUACAUCCCGGCUCUUCCUGUCAACGACACUUCGGCGCUGAACAACUCGGACGACUUGCUGCAUCUCGCUUCGUACAAUGGCGUGUUCAACACCGGCAUUAGUCGUCAGCUCUGGGCCGAGGGUUUCGAUGACAACGGCAACUACACGAACAUCACGACGAUUGUGCCGUGGACCAAGUACUCCAAGGGCGUCCUCAUCCACUUCGACGAAGGUCUGCGGAAUCAGUCGCCUUCUGCCGUCCCCUGGAUCGCCAUGAUCUCCUGCGACACGAACGGCACGUCUCCUUCCGAAACCGACGACAUCUUCACCAUCGUCCGCGAUCUCGGUGCUCAGGCUGCGCUGCUGUACUCGCUGCACUCGGAGGGCUGCCAAAUCAACCAGGAGUACCUCAACUCGUUCGAGAAGGUCCUCGACGUCUUCGCCGCCACCUCGUUGCAGGGCUCGCGGAUCAUCGAGAGCCAGUUCACCAACGUCAACAUGGCGGCGUACCAGUACAACUCGACAACGCUCAAUGCCUCGUACAACGCCAUCGAGACGCUGCUCAACAGCAAUCCGCUUUCGGUUCGCGGCAAUGUCCCGAUCAACUCGACCUCGAGUUUGUCUGCCGACGUCGCCACCUCCGUUGACGUCAACGCAUCGAGUACCAUGCCCUCGGUUUUUGACCCGAAUGCGAGCGACAGCGCACCUGCCAUGUCGAGUGACACGGCCGUCACGACCGACUCGAGCACCUCGUUCCCGUCCCUCUUCUCCGCCUCGAUCGCUUCUCCGCUCAUGCAGCGUCGCCAGAACACCGCAACGUCCGCACAUUCCGCGUCUUCCAUCUCUCACGCCACGUCCACUCACUCUUCCGCGACUCGCACGAGCUCCGCCGCUCCCGCCGCCACGACCAGCAACAAGAUCGAGAACUACCUGGGUGCCGUCAUGGCCGCCGCGAACCUCACCGUUGGCGGUCUCAACUCGGCAUCUCCCACUGCGACCGCCUCCUCGAACAACGGCGGUCCCAACACGUCAACCUCGCUCGCCAUGAUCAUCCUCUACGCCAUCACCGGCGUCGUCACCUUCCUCUUCCUCAUCGUCAUCAUGUCCGGUGCGAUCCGCGCUGCGCGCCAUCCCGAGCGGUACGGACCUCGCGCGGCAGGCGGGUUGCACGGUUCGGGCGGACCUGGCGGAGCGGGCCAGACUCGCGCGGCGGGAUUGACGAGGGCUAUCCUCGAUACCUUCCCCGUCGUGCGGUUCGGAGGUGGAGCUGCAACGCCGCCGGCGAACAGGGUAGACGAGGAGGCUGGGGCGGAUGGGUCGGACGGUCAGAAGAAGAGCGAGCCUGGGACGCCAGAGGCCAUCGAACUGGCGAGUUUGCCGACCAUGGCUGCGGUCCCGACUGCCGUACAUUCGCUGGGAGACGGCCGAGAUGUUGUCGAGGAGCACGAGGAGGUCAUUGCGGAUCCAGCGAGGGCGAGGAGCGCUUCUCGCGCCUCGACGAUGGGCGGCGACUCGUUCUACUCGGCCGAGUCGACGCCUCUGCAGCACCAGACAUCGACUACGCCGCUGAAUGCCUCGGCUGGCCUCGCGACCAUCCCCGCCUCGCCCAACCUGCUCGAAUCGCCUCCCACCUUGAAGAGCUCGAUUGCGCCCUCGGCCCGCCCAACGGCCGCCGAAGAAGCCGCCAUCCUCGCCUCCACCGACCUAGCCAGCUCCUCCGAAUCGUGCCCGAUCUGCCUCACCGAAUUCGAAGAAGGCGACGAGCUUCGCAUCCUUCCUUGCGACGAGCGCCACCGCUUCCACCCGGAAUGCAUCGACCCGUUCUUGUUGAACGUCAGUCGGCUGUGUCCGCUUUGUCGGCUUGAUUUGGGCAACGUUGGAGGGAGGGAGAGCGAUGAGAUGGGGAGGGAGGAGUAUGCGAGGAGGGAGGAGGAGCGCGUGAGGAGGCAUUUGCGGUCGUUGGUGCACCGCCGUGGUGCCAACGGGUCUUCGGCGAGUGAAGGAGCGGGAGGUGGAUCGGGGCCGUCGACUGCGGAGGAAGCGAGCGGCGAAGGAUCGACGUCGACCUCGACGUUGAGGAGUCGCUUCGCGCAGUACGUCGUCGCGCGGCGUCAGCGGGCGUUCAGCGGCAGCGGCAGUGGCGUCGGGUCUGGGCUCGUCAGUCUUGGCAGGCGGAGAGGCAGCUCGUCGGCGACUGCGCGAGCGCUGGUUGUCGAUGGUUGA